GGGCAAGUUCAGGAGGAGCGAACAAUACGGAAAGUUGAGCUGAACUUAAUAAAACCGAAUCAGUUCCCUGACGCAAGGCCAUUUUCUGAUUUCCUGACAGAUAGCUUUGGGCGUCAGCAUGACUAUCUACGUGUAUCUUUAACGGAGAGAUGCAACCUGCGAUGUCAGUACUGCAUGCCAGAGGAUGGCGUAGAGUUGACACCAAAGAAGAGAUUGCUGUCGACGGAAGAGGUCAUCACUAUUAGCCGGGUCUUCGUAAAAGAGGGCGUCACUAAAAUACGGCUGACUGGUGGCGAACCCUUGGUGCGAAAAGACAUAGUUGAUAUUGUUGGUGAGCUUCGAAAGUUAGUAGGGCUAGAGCAAAUCGCCAUGACAACAAAUGCUAUCGUGCUGAAGUCAAGGCUUCCUGACCUGCACAGAGCUGGUCUGACCCAUCUCAAUAUUAGUCUAGAUACUCUAGUCCCUGCUAAGUUUGAGUUCAUCAGUCGCCGGAAAGGUUGGAGUAGGGUCAUGGAUGGCAUUGACGCUGCACUUGCUAUAGGAUACAGCCCUGUAAAGCUGAACUGUGUUGUCAUGAGAGGACUUAACGAUGAUGAAAUCUGCGACUUUGUGGAUUUAACUCGUGCAAAGGAUAUAGAUGUGCGCUUCAUAGAAUACAUGCCAUUCAAUGGCAACAAAUGGAAUGACAAAAAAAUGGUUUCGUACCAGGAAAUGCUAGAUUUAAUUAGAAGCAGAUGGCCAGAGGUUGAACGACUGACUGAUAAACCAAAUGACACAUCAAAGGCAUUCAAGAUCCCGGGUUUCCGAGGCCAGUUUGGUUUCAUCACGUCGAUGACUGAAAACUUCUGCGGUACAUGUAAUAGGCUACGGAUCACAGCCGAUGGAAACCUCAAGGUUUGCUUGUUCGGCAACACGGAGGUGUCACUGCGUGAUGCCUUGCGGGGCGGCAUGUCAGAGGCAGAUCUGCGACAGGUUAUAGGUGCAGCGGUAGGCAGGAAAAAGAAACAGCAUGCAGAUGCAAAUGCUGCCCCUACAGACGAGAUCCGCACUACAAUACCGGCAGCGAACCGCAACCCACCAGGCCAGCCGAAACCUAUUUGUAGGCUUCCACUUCAAUGCUCCUCUGCGACACAUCUUCUUGCAUCUCAGCCUCCCGUAAACACCGUUAGUGCUACUCAAUUUCACACGACCGCUGGAAGGCGCGCAGACAACGACGAGAAAGGAGCGAAAGAAACAUUGCUCACUAGCGACUCUGGGAAGAGUGCCGGCGACCCAAACUCGUCCUCCGACGGAACGAACGUGUGGAUGGAUGAAGACACGAUGAGAUACUGGGAAACCAAUCGCCCGCCAGCGUUACGGCUGCCGCCACUCGACCCCGAGAAUUCCGAAGUCGAUGCGCAACCGAGGAAAAGUCGACCGAAGCGUGAAGAAGCGAAGAGCCGCGACAAAGAAGCGAGCGAGAAAGACGCAAACGACGACGGUUGUGGCGUUCUGACGCACACGGACGCCGAGGGUCGUGCGCGCAUGGUCGACGUCGGCGCGAAACCAACGACGGCGCGGGUGGCGGCGGCGCGUGGCCGCGUCACGCUCACGCGCGAGGCGUUCAACCUCGUCGCAGAGAACCGCGUCGCCAAGGGCGACGUUCUCACCGUCGCGAAGAUCGCCGGCAUCAUGGCGGCGAAGCGAACCUCCGACCUCAUCCCACUCUGCCACCCGCUGCCGCUCACCGGCAUCGCCGUGACGACGACGCUCGACGCCGCCGCGUGUCAGGUCGUCGUCACGGCGACGGUGUCGACGGCGGGUCGCACGGGGGUCGAGAUGGAGGCGCUUGCGGCGGUGAGCGUCGCGGCGCUGUGCGUGUACGACAUGUGCAAGGCCGUCACGCACGAGAUGGUCAUCGAGGACGUGAAACUGCUGUGGAAGACCGGCGGUCAGCGCGGAGACUUCCGCCGCCGCGACCCCGCCGACUGAUCUGUCUGACCAGAUCUGAGACCUCUGUCAUCAUCAGCAUGGGUGGUCAGUCUUCCAGUGUUAACAAUACGACAGGGUCUGAGAUUGUACAGUGUCCACAAGACGACCAGGUCUGAUAUUUCUGCCACGAUCAACACGAAUAAUCAGUCUUACACAGUGUCAACAUUGUGACCAGGUCUGCCACGAUCAGCACGAAUGACCAGUCGCACAGUGUCAACGAUAUGACCAGGUCUGCCACGAU